AGUUGUACGAUUUCUUUGUUAGCCUUGUGCUUAUGUGUGUGUUUGUGUGUAGAUGAGAUCAUAGGGAGAAACCUGAAAUGCCAAAUCAAUUUUUUCAUAAAACCCUGUAAAGAAACUGUGUUUUCAUUCAUAUUUUACAGACUUCAGAGUCUCAAAACUUUUGUUUACAUGUUUAAUAUUCAAAGGUGUGACCUAGUGGUCAAUGAAGUGUGUCGAAAAUUAAGGUAAACAAUACUAGAUAAAUUCUUCCCAUUUGUGGUCUGGUGGACAGAAUUACCCGACAACCAUACUGGUAGAGGGUAGUAAUUACCCUAGAAAUUAGUUUAGGGUGUACACAAAAGCUGACCUAGACACCAUAGUUAUUAAAGAAAAUGAAGUCAUCUUAGUUUACUUUUUAUUCCUUUGUCCAUGUUAGACGGACCAGAUUUUUAAUGUUUCAAGUAGCUGAAUGUAGAAACUAAUAUCAAUAACUUGCUCUCACUGAAAUGUUUCUUUAUUUCCUAUUUAGCUGGGCUGUAUUGUCCUGUUCACCUGUUACUUUUAAUUCGUGUGCUUGUCCAUUUAAAGAAAUUAAGGUGAUAAUUUAAUGUUAUAUCUACUUUUAGGCGUUUAAUUUUGUGAAUCCACUAGCAAUCUGUUAUGGACUGUUGCAGUUUCUUUAUGUACUUUUGCUACAAUCCUGAGAGUAGUAUUUCUGCAUUUAUUUAGUCAAGGAGGGGUGUAUAGUACUUGGUUUUCUUGAGAAGGAACAUCUUUAUGACUUUAUCUGUUGUCAUAUGAACCAGAAGGAAGAUUUCUUGAGGUAUUCUAACUUUGAGAGAGAAGGGGCAAAAAACUCUUUGGGGAAGAUCAAAGAACUGCAAACAUGAUUUACCGCAUAGCAAGGGCAUCUGAGUUUCUGGUGAUCACUGGGAUUGGUAUUAAUGAACUGAAGAUCACAAAAAAGGCACUAAUAUGGCCAUUGCAGAAAUGUCGGGUCAUUGAUGUUACUCCUGUGAACUAUACUUUUGAAGUCAAUGCUAUGAGUGCUGAGAAGCUGCCCUUCCUUCUCCCUGCUGUUUUCACUAUUGGCCCGUGUGUGGAUGACCAUGAGAGACUUGUCAAAUAUGCUAAACUUCUAUCCCAACAUGAACGUGAAUCACACGAUGUGAAGGACCUCGUUCAAGGUGUCAUUGAGGGAGAGACUCGUGUCUUGGCUGCUUCCAUGACCAUGGAGGAAAUCUUUAAAGGCACGAAAGAUUUCAAGAAGGAGGUGUUUGACAAGGUUCAGCUUGAGCUCAACCAAUUUGGCUUGCUGAUUUACAAUGCUAACAUUAAGCAAUUGGUUGAUGUUCCAGGCCACGAAUACUUUUCUUACUUGGGGCAGAAAACUCAAAUGGAAGCUGCAAAUCAAGCAAAAAUUGAUGUUUCUGAGGCCAAAAUGAAGGGUGAGAUAGGAGCUAAGGAGCGAGAAGGUCUCACACGUCAAAAUGCUGCCAAGAUUGAUGCUGAGACAAAGGUCAUAUCUACCCAAAGGGAUGGUCAGGGAAAGAAAGAGGAGGUUAAGGUGAAGACAGAUGUUAAGAUAUAUGAAAAUCAGAGAGAAGCUGAGGUGGCUGAGGCAAAUUCUAUUCUGGCAACCAAGCAGGCUGGGUGGUCUCAGCAGGCAAAAAUGGCUGAGAUCGAAGCCCAGAAAGCUGUGGCGAUUCGGGAGGCUGUAUUGCAACAAGAAGUUGAGAGAAAGAAUGCAUUGACUAAGACAGAGAGUCUCAAAGCACAACACCUCAGUAAGGCUACUGUUGAAUAUGAGAUUAAGGUGCAAGAAGCCAAUGCAGUGCUGUACAAGAAACAGAAGGAAGCAGAAGCCGAGCUUUAUGAAAACAAAAAAGCUGCAGAGGCUAAGAAAUUGGCAGCAGAAGCUCAGACAUAUGCCGCACAACUGGCUGCUGAUGCUGCACUGUAUGCCAAAACGAAAGAGGCUGAAGGACUAAAGGCCACUGCAGAAGCACAGGGAGCUUAUGUCCGCAAUCUGUUGUCAUCUUUGGGAGGAAAUUACAACGCCCUGCGAGACUACAUGAUGAUUGACAGAGGAAUGUUUAAAGACAUUGCCAAAAUGAAUGCUGAAGCGAUCAAGGGACUUCAGCCAAAGAUCAGCAUUUGGAGUAAUGGUACCACUAGUGGGCAGAUGGUCGACGGAACAAGUAGUGGCCAUGCUGGAAUGAAAGAGUUGGCUUCUGUUUAUCAAGCAUUGCCUCCUUUACUUGAGACUGUGCAUGAGCAAACUGGAAUGUUGCCACCAGCAUGGAUGGGAAGCCUCUCUGUUGCUGCUGCUGAUCCAGCCACAUCCCUCCGUCCAUAGGAAAUUUUAUGACUUUUAGGACUAUCUAGUAAGACUCCAACUACCGAUAAGCUGACAUGACUAAACUUUGCACCGAACUACUUUACAUAUAGCUAUUAUUUUAGGCCUUUCGUGCCUGGAAAAGUGAUGCUUGCAAUGCUUUAUUACAGACUGGUUUCUUGUUGAUAUUAGAAUGCUUUAUUACAGACUGGUUUCUUGUUGAUA